AUGGCUGGUCCCGACUCACGAGAUCCUGCCAUCCCGGAAUGGCAGCGCCAGUCCGGCGAUCCAGCGGCCUCCCCGGAGCAGUCGAGCUCCGACAAUGGCUCGUCCAGAGCAGCUCUCCUCGACCAAGCAGCCAAGUUCCUCCAGGAUGAAUCGAUCCGUGACGCUCCCGCAGAUCGCAAGAUUGCCUUUCUGGAGUCGAAAGGGCUGCAGAGCGACGAGAUUCAGAAGCUCCUCGGCGUCGGUCGCAACCCGGCCGCCACGAACGAUGCCAGACCGGAAGCCACAGAAGAGCCCAAUUCAAAGCCGUCUGAAUCGACGAUAGAGUCUCUGUCGCAUCAAAAAUCUCGAGAUAUCUUACCUCCAUCUCAAUCCUCCACCGCGCCUCCUUCCACGACGUCGUCGUCGUCGUCGUCCCGUGAUGUCCCUCCUAUCAUCACCUAUCCCGAAUUCCUCCUCCAGCCGAGGCAACCGCCUCUGGUGUCACUCCGAAGUGUUCUCUACGCCCUCUACGGCGCUGCAGGUUUGGGUGCGAGUUUCUACGGUGCCAGUGAAUUCCUGGUCAAGCCCAUGAUCAAGAGCCUCACCAGUGCCCGACAUGAACUGGCGGAAACGGCACAGCAGAACCUCAAGAAGCUGAACGAGAAACUAGAAAAGAACGUAUCCACGAUCCCACCGUACCCAUCGAGGCAUACCAGCUCGAAGACCAGUUCCGACGCCGGUGAGGACUCUACACAGGAUGCGGAGUCCAUCACGUCGGACCCAACCGAGCUGUUUCACCGUGACAUCGCUACCCAGACCACACCAGACCUGGCGCUGGGCGCCAACAGGUCUUCGUAUUUUGGUCCAAUGGACGAGAACGAAGAAAAGAACGACCCGACGAAAGCGGUCACCGGCCACCUCAAACGGUUGGAGAUUCUCACGUCGCACCUGCGCGAAUUCGUAGAGGACGAGCAGAAGAGCAAAACCGGCGACGAUGCCGUGCGCGACCGGCUCAACGAGCUGCACACGUACCUCGACAGUCUCACCUACCUCAACAACCCUGUCUACAACAUCUAUGGCGGUGGAGACUACGCCCGCAGCACUGGCAGCAGCGGCCGUGGUGUUCGCCAGGGCGAGGAAGACGCCAUUUCCACCUUCAAGGCCGAGAUCCGCAGCGUCAAGGGGGCCCUCUUGAGCGCGCGGAAUUUCCCCUCGGGACGUACAGCAAUUCCCAGCAUGAGUCGAUAA